GGUGAAGGCGGCAGUGGAGGCGGGGGUGGAGAUCCGAUGUGCGUUGACGAUAGUGCUAACGCUGUUGUGGAGAUGGGCGUUGGUGUAGACCAAGGAGUUGUGUCGCAGCAUGAUGAUGUUGGUAAUGACAGGGUCAUGGAAGGACAGGGGGUGGUUUCUAACUCUGGUGAUGAAAUGGGGAGGAGAGGCUAUGGUGACGAAGCCGAGACUGAAGAGGCAGCAACGGUUCAGGGCAGCAAGGAAGGCACCGAGGAACUACUCCGGAAGGUAGUGUACAGCGAGGAAGAAGCGUACAAGCUGUACUGUGACUAUGGGCACCGCAUGGGGUUCAGUAUCCGAAAGGGGAAGCAGUCCUACUUUACUGGCACGAAAAGGAUCAGGACCAAGGAUUAUUUCUGCUCCAAGGAAGGCAUGAAGGAAGGGGAGAAGCUUACUGAUGCAAACUUCAACGACCCGCAUACUAGGACGAAUUGCAAGGCCAUGGUCCGCUUCAGAGUGAAUGACCAGGGUGAGUGGAAGGUUAUCCGGCUGGUCUCUGAUCACAACCACAACCUGGCAAGACCUGAAGAGCGACAUCUUUUAAGGUCUGCAAGAUCACUUAUAGCGGGGAGGUCAAGUUCUGUGGAAGCUAUGUUGUAUGGUGGGUACCAAGCACCUGGUGCACCUUCGCGAAUCACUUUAGGAAGCACUGAUGUAACCAACAACACAGAUACGUCGAAGCAAGAUUCACUUCCAUGUUAUAGUAGUAUGGCAAGGUCACCAGCCAUAGGAAAUGGAGAUUUGCAGAGCCUUGUAAGACACCUUAAGAGCAGGGCAAAUGAAGAUGGUAUGUUCUAUUGGGAUGUUCAAAUAGACCGAGGUGGUCGGAUGACUAAUUUUUUUUGGCGUGAUGGCAGGAGCAGGAUUGACUUUGACUGUUUUGGUGACGUAGUUGUGUUUGAUUCAACUUAUCGCUUAAACAAACAUAAUUUGAUUUGUGCUCCUUUUGUUGGUGUGAACCACCACUGGCAGAGCACCAUGUAUGGCUGUGCUCUGUUAGCUGAUGAGUCUAUGUCAUCUUUUGUAUGGCUAUUUAAGUCUUUCUUGGAAGCAAUGGGCAAUCGGCAUCCUCGUUCAAUUUUUACCAAUCAAGAUCAAGUUAUGUCAAAGGCAAUUGAGGAAGUAUUUCCAAAUACAUGUCAUCGCAUUUCUCGCUGGCACAUACAAAAGAAUGCUGCUUCUCGUCUUGGUGCACUUAAUGGUUCCAAAGCAUUUAAUAAGUUGUUUACCAAAUGCAUGCAGGGAUGUGAAUCAGAAGCUGAGUUUGAGGAGGCAUGGGCUGAGAUGCUUAGCGAGUUUAAGCUGGGGGAUAACAAAUGGCUUAAAAAACUUUAUAAACUUAAGCAGAAGUGGUCUGGUGCUCUCAACAAACACACUUUUGAUGGUGGGGUCGAAUAUGAGCCACAAUGUGACAGUCUGAGUAAUAUAUUUCAUUGCAUUGCUGACAAAUUGACCUCUAUGUCAGCAAUUGUUGUUGCUGUGGAUAAGUUGACUGAAGAUUGGCGUGAAAAAGAGUUUGAUGAAGAUAUGCGAUGCAGCCAAAAGCCGCCUGCUUGUAUUAUAAAGCACAGUGAUAUUUUGAAUCAUGCAGCAAAAGUUUAUACACAUAGAAUCUACAAGUUGUUUGAGACAUAUUUUCUUGAUGGGUGUGGCGCUACAAAAUUCAAGCAGCUUCAUUGCGAAGAUGACAACAGAUAUCAAUUUGAGAUGACAAUGCAAGGGCGAGGGUCAAGAGUCUGCAUAGUUCAUUUUGAUAUGUCGACAAUGCAACUCAAUUGCAGCUGUAGUAAGUUUGAAACAAUGGGUUUACUUUGUCCACAUGCUCUGAAAGCUCUUAGCAUCAAGAAUGUGUGCAGUAUUCCAGAAACAUAUAUACUGAAGAGGUGGACCAAGGGUGCUAAGAAGUGGGUUUUUAAUCCAAAGCAAUACGAAUCAUCCUAUCAGGAAUGUAUGGAUGAUGAAGCUGCAUACUGCAACCAUGUUAUGCGCUAUGCUUAUGACCUUGUUACGAAGAGUCAAGGGCAUGAAGAAUUGAGGAAAUCACUUUGGGAAACUCUUGAGAGUGGAGAAAAGGAAUUGGAGAAAUAUCUAGAAAAUGUUACCCAAUAUGCACUUUCUUAUGCCACUUGAAAGAAGCUUUGAUUGACCUUCUUAGACUUCUGAGGAUGAGAAAGGUGCGUACUUCGUGGUCCUUAGAAGAUAUGCCUGAGUUUCUACUGACCCAAACUCAAAGUGUACUCUAAGAAAUGAAAAUAUGAACUUUUGAAACAGGAUGCAAGUUUGAGUUAUAGAAGAUGCUGCUAUUGGAUUCUUGGUAUUGACUUCAUCAGAUGCAGACCUUAUUGGCUGAAGUGGUUAGCCUUGGCUGAGCUAGUCCACCUGCUAAUGGAGGAAGGGGAUGCUUCUCACCUGCACCAGGGGUGAUGCAUACCAGGCCAGUGAUCAUGCCCUGCACUGCGCCAAUUACCGACGGCUUCCCGAAGAAGAAGACAUCCAGGAUCGUCCACACGAGUAGGCUGGU